AUAAAGAAAAGUACGUCACGGUUGCCCCGUUUUGAGUCGGAGCAGGUUGGACUUUCAUCAGGCCUCCACUGGUCUUUCCCAUUUUCCCUUUUCUCUUUAACUUUCACCAUCUCUAUACCCAGGCCCAAAACCCCGCAUACACAAUGAAAGAAGCUCUGGCAAACGCAAAUUUCCCACAGGAUGCUGACGGACGAGUAUACCAUAUCAACGUUAAGCAGGGUGAAGUGGCGAACCGUAUCCUAACUGUCGGUGAUCACGUACGAGCUCGAGCUAUAGCCAGAUGGUUGGAUAGCGACGAGGAGGCCGGCCAUCCAACUUUCAUCCACACCAGUCAACGUGGUUUCCUGACUAUUACAGGACGAUACAAAGGAGUUCCUAUCACCAUCCUUGCGAUUGGCAUGGGAAGUCCAAUGAUGGAUUUCUUUAUCCGUGAAACCCGUGCCGUUGUUUCAGGCACCAUGGCCGUCAUCCGCUUCGGCUCAUGUGGCUCAUGGACCGAACGUGCAAAACUCGGCUCUGUGAUUGUCCCUCGCGCCGGCUUUUGCAUUCGUCGCAACCUAGACUAUUUCAGCGAUCACCCCAUCUAUCCAGAGCUGGCAAAGUCAACGCCCUAUCUUGUUUCGGGCACCUUUGAUGCCGAUGCCGAAAUGACCGACCAGUUGGCAGGCAAUUUGAAAUCGGUGCUCGGCAAGCUACAGGAAGAAACAGACGGCGCAGUCGGUCCUGUCGUCACUGGGGGCCUCAAUUGUGAUGGCUGUUCGUUCUAUUCUUCUCAGGGACGUCAGGACCCUGCAUUCUGGGAUGACAACAAGGACCUUAUUGAACACGUCAUGAAGGUGCAUCCAGAGACGGAUUGUUCGGAAAUGGAAACGAGUAUGUUGUUCCACCUCGCCAAGUGCUCGGUUCAACAAAAGAUCAAGGCUGCUGGAUGCAUGCAAGUGUUUGCAGACCGUGUGGGUAAUGGCUUUAUCCGUCCAGAGGUGGUCACUGUGUUAGAACCGGCUGUCGGCAAAGCAGUGCUGGAUACACUGGUUUCAACGAAAAUUGAGGAUGAAAUGGAUCCGGUUGGCACUGUGUGGGAAUGUGUCAACAAGCCAUCCGUUUAAUCUUUCCACACUUCACCUCGCACACGCUCAAGACUAUCCUCAAACCAUUUAAUAAAUUAUUCUAUAUACCUUGGCAUUUAAUUUGUCUAUUUUUAACAAACAUUGCUUGAACUGCUGUUGUGUUUUCUCGAACUUUGGUUGUCUCUGUUGCACAAUG